AUGACGUCCACGCCCAACGAUGCGGGCUUCCAGUCACCGCUCCAGAGCGACUCCGAGUCGAACACAUCUAUACCGCAGUCGGCCGCUCGUCGCGCCGCCCCUAGACUCUCGCUACCCUACCGCCGCUCGAACGCUUCAGUCGCAAGCUUGUUUGCAUCCACGUCGUCAGCUCAACACUCUCCCACUGCAUCCGGGACAUCGACACCACCGGUGGGAGUCGUCAAUGCCUCUGUCUUCUCUCCACCAGCCACGAGGCUCGCCAAUGCUCUGAACUCACCCACUACUGCCACCCAACCCGAUGAGGCCCGUCAGCUGCUUCUGCGCGCCUUUGCUCCCCGUAUCUCUGUUCUCGCAUCCGACGAUUGUCAAGAGUUGUUGCGCCACAAGGGCAUCAAUGGCGGUCUGCUGGAGUUGCUCCGUCCUUUCGGAGAGAAAGUAGGAGGGAGAGUCGUUGUUAGAGAUAGCACUGGUGCUAGUAGGCCAUGGGACGACUUUGGCAUCCGAUUCACCGCUAUUUCCGACGGUCUUGAGCCUCCUAGAUUGGACCCCACCCCGACCGACUUGCCCGAGUACCGUCCUGCACGCCUGCGCACUGGAGGAGACGUCGAACAGAUUGACGAGCUCGUCGCCCGUCACCUACAGUACUCCCAGGAUCAACCGGCUGCUGGCGACUACUUUUCCGGUCCCGAAACCAAACCACAUCCAUCACAACUCACGCCAUUCUACACGUUAUAUCUUCGCAGACUCCUCUCCGGGAUACCCGUUACACCUCACGAAACCUUUUCUCACCCCGUCGCUCUUGUAAUAGCAAUUAGCUCUCGUAAUCCCGCGCCGAUAGACGAACUCCGCACUCUAUAUGCCAGCUCAAACACUGGCCAGCACAAACCUCCUUUGUGGGUGAAUAACGAGUUUCUACGAUAUUAUGUCCUCAUUCAUGACGAAGACCACGACGACAUUACAAAGUCUACAGCUCUAUACGAACAAAUGAAGCGUCAUUUCGGUCUGCAUUGUCACUUGCUGCGUCUGCGGAGUAACGAGUGUCUUCCCUCGGAUGAUGACAGCAUGAGAUUACCCACUUGCGAGUGGCUGUCUGCAGGGGAGGAGUUGGGAGAGAUUGCUAAUAGAGAAAGCUCCGAAGUUGACGAUGACCCUACGCCAUACAUUUUCGAAUCUGAUGCAGCCGCCAUCCGAGCCUUUGUCCGUGAAAUGGUCACUCAGUCAGUGGUACCAGGUAUGGAGCGGUUAUCAGCCCUAUGGAACAACGAAGUCGCAUCACGACGACGGGGUAUUGCCGGCAAGAUCGGUCUCGUAUCCAAACGCUUCACAUUCGGCUUCUCAUCACGAGGCUCCUCAGGAGGCAUCGGCGGCUCGAACAGCAACUACGAUGCCCUUCAAGGCUUCUACAAACCCGACACACCAGAAGCAGUACUACGAAAACUAGCAGACUACGCUUUCAUGCUGCGAGACUUCAAGUUGGCGCAAAGCACCUACGAUCUCCUAUGCACAGACUACAAGAACGACAAGGCCUGGAAGCACUAUGCAGGUGCCAAUGAAAUGGCCGCCCUCACAGCACUUCUCGGCGCACCAAAUGUACCCUCUCGCAUCCGUGUAGACUCCCUCGACCAACUCCUGGAAACAGCAUGCUACUCCUACCUCACCCGCUGUUCAUCCCCUUACUCCGCCCUCCGCACCCUCAUCCUAGCUACAGAACUCCUCCGUCUCCGCGGCGGCUCAGCUCUCGACGAUUCCGCUCGUUGGGCAACCAGAAUCCUCGAAGACAGGCUUGUAGGACCCAUAGGUCAUGCUCUUCUUCUCGAACGCAUCGCCUCCUGCUAUUCCUCGCGUCGCGGCUUUGGAGUACUCAAAUCUGGAAGCCGAGCCAGAAAAGCAGCAUUCUUCCACGUUUUGGCAGCGGAGAGUUGGUUAAAAGUGCAAAAAACAAAGCAAGCGGAACAGAAUCUUUCUCUGGCUACGAAUAUCUACACAGCGAGGAAGCAGAAAGAGGAAGGGAUGACGAGCUUUGAGUACAUGAAAGUGUUUUUGAAGGAGUUGCAGCAGGAUGUUGUGGAGAGUAGACCUGUUACGAGGGAUGAUGAAGAGGUAAAGCAAGAGGAACAGGCUGAUGUCGAAGAGAUACAAGAAGCCAGUUCCCAGAGACAUGCCAGAAGUCUUAGUACAGCGGGUACUGGUGCUGCUCCUGUUCUCUCAGGCUUGGAUCCUCUAGGCGUGGCGGUGGUGGCGCCACAUAGUCCUACACUCGAAAGACCGGAUCCUGCAAAUGAUGGGUUCGAGUAG